CUUGAACUAGACCCUGUCACUCUCUGUACUUUGCACCUUUGAACCAUUUCACUCUCUGCUUCUGUUUCAAAUGGAAGAUAGCAGCAGAUCUUUGGAAGAAAACAUUUACUGGAACCAUUUCCAGUUCAUCCAUUUCGCUCAGUUUCUCCACUCCACUGAUUUUGAACAGCAACUUGCACUUCCUAGAACAUUCUCAGACAAUUUGAAGAAGAAGCUGCCAGAAAAUGUGACCCUUAAAGGUCCUAGUGGAGUUGAAUGGAAUGUAGGGCUGCAAACUAGAGAUAAUACUGUUUACUUCGUGGACGGUUGGCAUCAGUUUGCAAGAGAUCAUUCUCUGAAAGAGAAUGAUUUCGCAGUCUUUAAGUACAAUGGCGAAUCAUUGUUCAAUGUGUUAAUCUUUCAAGGAGAAAGCUUUUGUGAGAAAGCGGCUUCCUAUUUUGUUGGUCUCAGGGAGAAGGAAACAAACAAGUCUGUUGAAGAAGUCAACACUGUUCUUAAUGCUGGUGUUGAAUCUGCUUCCCCUGAGCAGUUCACGGCUAAUGCAGUCACUAUAGUGCUUCCCUCCCAAUCAACCGGCAAAAGGACCAAGCAGCCUGUUAAUGAGGUCACACCUGUCCAGACUAAGAAGCGAGGAAGACCACCGAAAAAAGCUAAUUGUUCUCUUGAGAGAGAAGUGCAUGAUUAUGAUUUGGUGGCUUGCAACAAGGAACACUCAGAGGCAUCCAUCAGUGGGAAGGAAGAUGAGAAAAAGAUAGCCCACUUAUUUACCUCCUCUUUUCCAUAUUUUGUUAUGAUAAUGAAAUCCUGCAAUAUCAGUGGUUCACGUACUCUGAGAAUCCCAUGUCAUUUCUCUGCUACACAUCUCCCUGACUGCAAGACAGAAGUUACGCUUCGCAAUGCAAGAGGUGAAUGUUGGAAUGUGAACUCCAUCCCAGUGGGAGCAACACACACCUUUUGUGGGGGAUGGAUGGCCUUUGUUCGUGAUAAUGGUAUCAAUCUUGGCGACACAAUAAUUUUUGAGCUCGUUUCUAAUUUUGUGAUGAAGGUUUAUAUAUCUGGGGUUGGAAAAGAAGGUCUUGACUAUCAAAAUUAUAAACGAGCUCAAAAAUGUGCUUGUUUGUGAGAUAGAUAAAUCAAUCUUAGAUGAAGAUUUUUUGUGGCAUGAGUUGCCAAGACUUUAUACAUUUUAUAGAUGAUGAUUUUUUGUGGCAUGAGUUGCCAAGACUUGAUACAUUUUAUAGAUGAUGAUUUUUUGUUA